UAAUAGCGAGUUGCCGACUCGCCAUGUUCCGUUCCGUCUGUUUUGUCGUCGUUUGUCCUCUAAUGGAAUGGAGUCGAUGUUCGGAAGCGAUUUAUAAGAUUUAAUUUCGCUGAAAAUAGCCACUUCAGGCACGAUCUGGACUUUGCAGAGCUUGCAUUGCGUUGGGAGAUUACAUAACGCGACUGAUCAAAUGUACGCAAGUGAUGGAGCUUGUGCGGCCACCACCCUUCUUAAAAUGAACGAAAUCCAGCAACUCUCCACAGUUGGUCUCCUUGAACUUGCGCAUCGCGAGUACCAAGCUGGAGACUAUGAAAAUGCUGAAAGGCACUGCAUGCAGCUGUGGCGGCAGGAGACCAACAACACCGGUGUCCUCCUCCUCCUGUCUUCUAUUCACUUCCAGUGUCGCAGAUUAGACAAGUCUGCUCACUUCAGCACUUUGGCAAUUAAACAGAACCCACUGCUAGCCGAGGCCUACAGCAACCUGGGCAACGUCUUCAAAGAGCGCGGCCAACUGCAGGAGGCCCUCGAGAACUACAGACAUGCCGUUCGGCUGAAACCAGACUUCAUUGAUGGCUACAUUAAUUUGGCGGCUGCCCUUGUGGCCGCUGGUGACAUGGAGCAGGCUGUUCAGGCCUAUGUGACAGCCUUGCAGUACAAUCCAGAUUUGUACUGCGUUCGAAGUGACUUAGGUAAUCUGCUGAAAGCUUUAGGGCGACUCGACGAGGCAAAGGCAUGCUACUUGAAAGCAAUUGAAACUCGACCUGAUUUUGCCGUCGCCUGGAGCAACCUUGGCUGCGUCUUCAACGCACAAGGUGAAAUUUGGCUCGCAAUUCAUCACUUCGAAAAGGCUGUUGCUCUUGAUCCCAAUUUCCUGGAUGCCUACAUCAAUCUUGGAAACGUUCUGAAGGAGGCCAGAAUCUUUGACAGAGCUGUAGCUGCAUAUCUUAGAGCAUUGAAUUUAAGCCCAAACAAUGCAGUCGUUCACGGAAACUUAGCUUGCGUGUAUUAUGAACAAGGCUUGAUCGAUCUUGCCAUCGACACUUACCGUCGCGCCAUAGAACUUCAGCCCAACUUCCCAGAUGCGUACUGCAACCUGGCAAACGCCCUCAAGGAAAAGGGCCAGGUGCCUGAGGCCGAGGAGUGCUACAACACGGCGCUGCGCCUCUGCCCUACCCACGCUGACAGCCUCAACAACCUGGCCAACAUCAAAAGAGAGCAGGGCUACAUUGAGGAAGCCACCCGGCUUUACCUGAAGGCGUUAGACGUCUUCCCGGAAUUUGCUGCAGCCCACUCCAAUCUGGCGUCGGUCUUGCAGCAACAAGGAAAGCUGAACGAAGCCCUGCUGCAUUACAAGGAAGCGAUCCGGAUCCAGCCCACUUUUGCUGACGCCUACUCGAACAUGGGAAACACGCUGAAGGAAAUGCAGGAUGUGCAAGGAGCGCUUCAGUGCUACACCAGGGCCAUACAGAUCAACCCUGCCUUUGCAGAUGCGCACAGCAAUUUGGCUUCCAUCCAUAAGGACUCGGGCAGCAUUCCUGAAGCUAUCCACUCUUAUAAAACGGCUCUCAAACUGAAGCCUGACUUCCCUGACGCCUACUGCAAUUUGGCGCACUGUCUGCAAAUUGUUUGCGACUGGAGCGACUACGAUCUGCGAAUGAAGAAACUGGUAGCAAUAGUCGCAGAACAAAUUGAAAAGAAUCGUCUACCUUCCGUACACCCUCAUCACUCUAUGCUAUACCCGCUGUCACACGAGUUUAGAAAAAUGAUUGCUGCUAGACACGCAAACUUGUGUGUGGAAAAGAUUCAGGUCUUGCACAAGGGACCAUACAACUUCCCCGUGGAGCACAGGGGCAGGUUGAAAAUUGGCUAUGUUUCCAGUGACUUUGGGAACCACCCGACUUCGCAUUUGAUGCAAAGCAUUCCUGGCAUGCAUGACAAGAGCAAUGUGGAAAUUUACUGCUACGCUUUGAGCCCAGAUGACGGAACUACAUUCAGAUCCAAGAUUGCUAGAGAAGCUGAGCAUUUUGUUGACCUCUCGGCUGUUCUCUGCAAUGGGAAAGCAGCUGAUAGGAUUAACGCCGAUGGAGUCCACAUAUUAGUCAACAUGAAUGGCUACACUAAGGGAGCUCGCAAUGAAAUCUUUGCUCUUCGUCCUGCUCCUGUCCAAGUGAUGUGGCUUGGGUACCCUGGAACGAGCGGUGCUUCUUUUAUGGAUUACAUGAUCAGUGAUGAGGUGACAUCACCUCUUGAGUUGGCCCACCAGUACAGUGAGAAGCUGGCAUUCAUGCCAACAACCUACUUCAUCGGGGACCACAGACAGAUGUUUCCGCAUUUACAAGAGCGCGUCAUUCUCACAGACAAGUUAACGGGAAAGAAAGACUUGGCUGAUAAUGUCGCAGUCAUCAACGCAACAGAUCUUUCCCCAAUCUUAGAAAGUACCCAAGUCAAAGAAAUCAAGGAAGUGGUGUGCUCUGUUUCAAACGAUCCCAACCUCAAUGGGAGACCAAUGGAAGUUUCUAUGAAGGUGGCCGAGUUGCCUACCACAACUCACAUUGAGACCAUGAUUGCAUCUGGCCAAGUACAGACCUCAGUGAAUGGGGUUGUUGUGCAGAACGGAUUGGCCACCACGCAGACAAAUACCAAAGCCGCAACUGGGGAGGAGGUUCCUCAAAGUAUCGUCAUUACUACUAGGCAGCAGUAUGGCCUUCCUGAAGACGCCAUUGUCUACUGCAAUUUCAACCAACUCUAUAAGAUUGAUCCUGCCACUCUCCAAAUGUGGGUGAAGAUCCUGGAUAAAGUUCCCAACUCUGUUCUUUGGCUGCUACGAUUCCCAGCUGUUGGGGAACAAAAUCUGCAUAGCGCUGCCCAAGCACUGGGUCUAUCCGCUGGAAGGAUUCUUUUCUCAAACGUGGCUGCCAAAGAGGAGCAUGUGAGGCGAGGACAGUUGGCUGAUGUAUGUCUUGACACCCCACUCUGCAAUGGACACACAACCAGCAUGGAUGUGUUGUGGACAGGAACUCCUGUUGUGACCCUACCCAGUGAGACUCUUGCAUCAAGAGUGGCCGCCUCUCAGCUCACCACCCUUGGAUGCCCUGAACUGAUUGCAAGUACCCCAACCGAGUAUGAAAAUAUCGCCAUUAGAUUGGGCACAGAUCGAGAGUUCCUGAAAGCAGUGAGGGUGAAGGUGUGGCAGGCGAGAAUGACUUCGCCUUUGUUUGAUUGUCGAUCAUAUGCGGCUUCGUUAGAAAAGCUGUAUUACAAGAUGUGGGAGAAACAUGCAAAGGGUGAGAAGGCAGACCACAUUUCACUUAAUUAAUAUAUCACUCUUUCUCUCUCUCUCUAUAUGUAUUUUCUCAUUUAGUUCCCGUUUGUAUUUAUUAUGUGAAAAGAACUUCCAAUAAAUUGAUGCUAAAAUUA